AUGCUUGAGCAAGGUCUGUAUGUAUUUCCCACCCACUGUCUUGAAUGGCAACGUAAUAAAACGAAGCUGCUUGAGUGUAACAGACAGCCAAACCACCCAGUAGCAAAAAUCAAGGCAGUUCACAAUGGCAGACAUGCGGUGAAGGCCGACAGUAAUAGGGCAGGAGGAUUGUUACCUUUACUGUAUCUUUCCCGUGACAGCAAAGUCAUGCUGGUGGUUAACCUAAAGGCUGAUUGGGGUUUGUUCAAUGGGGCGGUAGGUACAGUUGUAAACAUUGUGUACAGAGAUGGCCACAGACCUACUGAUGAUUCUGCUCCAGUACCUGAUGUGGUUCUGGUGAGGUUUCCAGGAUAUAGGAGGCCACCGUACAUUAAUGAAGAUCCUACAGUUGUGCCAAUUGUACCAGUAAGUCGCUCCACUGAUUGCGCAUGCCGAUGCAAGCGUCUACAGGUUCCAUUG